UAUAACAAACGAACCACUAAUUAUAUAUUUCUUUGAUCUCAUUUUCUUGUCUCCUCUCCGUCCUCACCACUGCUCCUGCGGCGGUAGCUACCGGCGCCACCACCGUCCACCUCGCGGCCUACUCCCUCUUCUCCCUGCAUUAUCGGGCCACCAGCAGCCACCGGUCACCGCAACUCUCACUCUUCUCUACAAGAAAAACACAAGCUGGAAUCGAACUAAACUCAAUUGGCCGGAAAAAGCAAAACCUAACCGGAAAUCUAAGCCGGAGUUAGUCGUCGGCCGUCAAAAUGGCAAAGGCAAGGGACAGAACUGAGGAUUUCAAAGAUGCCGUACGCCAAAGUGCUCGCUCUUUAGGGUACGAUGAGGCUAAAUUGGCAUCCAUUUUGGCAUCUUUCAUUAUUCAUAAACCUCCACAAAGGUCUCCUUUCUCCAAAGCUGCAUUUAAGACGCUUGAGAGUAUUGGAGAAUUGGAGCUUUUUUUGUUAAGGCAUAGAAAAGACUAUACAGAUCUGCACCGGACAACUGAAAAGGAGAGAGACAGCAUUGAACAUGAAGUUAGUGCUUUUAUUAAAACUUGCCAGGAACAAAUUGAUGUUCUUAAGAAUAGUAUAAAUCAUGAAGAAGAAAGCUCAAAAGGUUGGCUUGGCAUUACAACUGCGAAGGCUAAUGCCGACACCAUCGCCCACAAACAUGGGGUGGUUCUAAUUUUAAGUGAGAGACUCCAUUCAGUUACAUCACAGUUUGAUCAGCUCAGAGCUGUACGCUUCCAGGAUGCUAUUAAUAGAGCAAUACCACGACGAAAACUUAAUCGUGUAACCAAGAAAGAUUCUACCGAAACCUCUAAAUCAGGUGAUGUGGAGCUAAGUGAACCUGAUGAGUUGCGCAGUGAGCCUUUAAGAGUCCAGCAGCAACUUUUGGAUGAUGAAACACGCGCUCUUCAGGUGGAAUUGUCUAGUCUUCUAGAUACGGUUCAAGAAACUGAAACCAAGAUGGUGGAAAUGUCUGCAUUGAAUCACCUGAUGGCUACUCAUGUUUUGCAACAAGCUCAACAAAUUGAGCAUCUGUAUGACCAGGCUGUUGAAGCUACUAAGAAUGUUGAGCUUGGUAACAAAGAACUCUCACAAGCCAUUCAAAGGAAUAGCAGCAGCAGAACAUUUCUUUUACUAUUUCUGUUUGUGCUCACCUUUUCCAUCAUUUUUCUUGAUUGGUAUAGUUAAAUUGUUUUCGUUUGAUGCUAUCACAUUCACAGUGUAUCUUCUUAUAGCACAUUCUCAAUUUUCCUUAUUACAGAAGAUAUAUGCAAUUGUGCAUUUGUCCACUGCAAAAGACAUAUUUUUUUUCCUGAUAUUUACACUAUAGAGGGAGAAAUGUGAUAUAACAAACAAUUUGAGUAAUUAAUUUUAUGAAAGGAGUAAUGAUAAAUUGAUACAAUAA